CAACUGUACAUUCACAUUUCCAUACCCUGUACUUUCAAGCUACAUGGGAGUUCUCCAUACUCAGGUAAACACACGUUUCAUGAUUCAUUGCCACAAAUUACCUUCACUUGCUUCACAUCGAUGACGUCCACCUACUUGACGGCCAAGCCACUCUCACGGCGAACGACCACUUCAGCAAGUGAUGAAUCCCCAACAACCCCACCGUUCUCUUCCUGUGUCAUUUUAACGAGUGGGGUUCCAUAUGGGAGGCCAGGCGCUGAGUUGUAAACAGAGUGCACCCCCCAUCAACUGUCAGUGUUCAGCAUAGGAAUCUUCCUUUAUCGCUCCAUGUUCCACCACCCUCAACGUCCACCGCACAUUCUUAUUUAAGCCGCUUCGUUCACUGAGUUCUGAUUUGUGUUUGCGCUUCAUGUUCUCCUCAAUACCACUGCUCAAAUGAAC